CUCUAGCUCAAAAUCUACUAAAAUUUCAAAGGACACUAUAAAAUCUUUAAAGAAAGAAAACGACGAGUUAAGGGUUGAAAUCGAAUCAAUCAAGAACGAUUUCAAGAAGUUUGUACAGGAUGUUAAAUCCAGUGAAACCAAGAGCACUACAAACGCCGCAAUGGCAAGUUCAGCGCUGGAUAAAGAAUCAGUCAAAAGUCUGGAAUAUUUGAGUAAUGAGUAUGAUGAUUUGCACCGUUUUCAAAAUUCGUCUAAACAACAAAUGUCGCGACUGGAAUCUCGCCUAACUGUAUUAGCAGAAAAGGUCGAAAAUCUCUCCAAAUCUAUUGACGAAGCCGAGUAA